AUGAGAGCUCCACCCCCACCAAGGAGAUCCAAAUCUCGUUAUUUAACGACCUGCUAUCUAAGAAUAAAACAAGUAUUUACUGGCUCAAAAUUGAAGAAGAGAUGGCAUCUACAUAAGCUGCAUAAAUUUAGAAGAAAAGGCCAAUUGGCGGUUAGUCCUAUAUCUGGAAUCCAUGUUGAAGAUAUGGUAAAUUUGCCCACAGGGUUACAAAAUAGAUCUUCUAAGGGAAAACCACUCUUAAUUGCAGCAUUCUCUAAAGGUUGUACAAAAUCUCCCCAGCUAAGACUACUUCAAAGGAAUAAAUUUUAUGGCUUACCCAUGACAAAAAGAAAAUAUAAACUCAAAUCUUUCGAUACUACCGUCACUGAGAAGAAAACUGCAACAACAAUUACUCAAAGAACGCAUCUAUGUGCCCCUAGAGUUGGAUCGCUUAAAAAAGCUACCUCUAAAGAUGCAGACAUAAAAGUGAUUUUCCACAAUAAUAAUGUGAUUAAAAGUAUUAAUUUGGAGGAAGAAUCUCAUACGACUUCAUACUCACCUCAACUAUUAGAAUUCGCACCGCAACAAUCUAUUAGGAUAAAGGAUUACCCAAGUUUAGCGAGAAGACCUCUCGGACUUGCAGAAAUUAGUGAGAAUGAAAAUGUUAAUGAUAAUAACCCCAAUGGAUAUCUACGUUUAAGGAACGAAAAAUCAAAGUCUGGGCCUUUAGCACCUGCAAUUAAUCCACCUGCACCUUCACUCUCCAUUGAUAGCGGCUCCACUGCAGUUUCCGCUGAUAUGAGAACAAACCUAUUCCAAUGGAAAACUUUUAUUAGAAUUACCAAAUACUCUAACAAGCAUCGUUUAGUGUCUUAUUCUAGAUUGAUCACCUCAUAUACGUCCUAG